UCCUUUUCCUGUUCUCAUUCCCUGCGAAUCGUCUCUCAUCUCCUGAUGAGAGCAAUAGCGCACCUGAUAGAGAAACCUUAGAUGUUUCUUGCCCAUCUUAUUUUAUCGACCGAGAAAGCUUUGGUUGAUCGUGGGUUCGCGUCCUCUCUCUGGACCUUAGGAGCUAGUAGGAAGAGCACCUGACCAUUCAGGCUUCCCUCAUCUAACAUUCUCAAUGGGUCGCUGUAGGCGAAGUCAUUUUCGCCAAUAGCUUCACUCAGGUUUCCCGCCACCGCUUCUCAGCUCAACGUCAUUUUCUUUGACCUAGGGUCUGACGUCUCCUUAAUCUUAUCUUAUUUCGGCCGUCAACAUGGGGAUGAAUCGGCAAUACGUCCCCCUCGACCCCACAAGAGGUGGAAAGUCGUCGGCCAUCAUCCUCGCCUUCGCCAUGGCCGGCAGUGUCGCCAUCCUCGCCGCGUCGGUCUUCCUCGGCGUCAAGCUCGCGUCCAUGCAAGGGGAGGAGCCCCCUCCACCUCCCGCUCCGCUCCCCCCGCCGCCCAUCAACGUCACUAUCACGUCUAAGAUCCAAAUGGCGCUGCUCUUCCUCGAAUCCCAAAAAUCGGGUAAACUACCCCCGGAUUAUCCCAUCACUUGGCGAAACAACUCGGGGCUAAGGGACGGUCAGGAUCAGAACCGGGACCUCCGAGGCGGGUACUACAUCGGCGGGAGCAAUAUCAAGUAUCAUUUCCCGAUGGCGUAUACCAUCACCAUGCUGUGCUGGUCCCUGCUAGAAUACGAAUCCGUGUACCGGCUGGUGAAUAUGCACAACGAAAUGGCGGAGCUCAUAGACUGGGGGGUACAGUACAUCCUCGCUUCAAGAUACCAGGACCUGAUAUUCGCGCAGGUGGGCACGCCGGAGAUCGACGACGUGUGCUGGAUCCGGCCCGAGGAUAUGAAGCCCGCGCAGCGCCCCACCAUGUUCCCCUGCGACGUCACGCACCCGUGCUCCGACCUGGCGGGCGAAUACGCCGCAGCUCUCGCCGCGGCGUCGCUGACGUUCCGCGUGGGCAACCCGUCGUACGCGGACCAGCUGCUUCAAAGCGCGGAGGAGAUCUUCGAAUACGCGGACCAGUACCGCGGGAAGUACAGCGACUGGGUGGAGGCGGCGCAGUCGGAGUAUAACUCCACGGGGUACGGCGACGAGCUCAUGUGGGGCGCCACGUGGCUGUACUUCGCGUCGGGAGAUACCAAGUAUCUGGACUAUGUGAUCGGGCCCAACUCGUACAUCUUCGAGACGAACCAGUGGGGCCCGGGCACCAAGACGUUCGACUGGGACAACAAGGCGCCCGGCGUGCAGGUGCUAAUGACGCGGCUUCUGAUGCUCGGAUACGGCGCGGGCAACGAGGGGCAGAUCCCGCAGUACCUGCAGACGUACCUCAACGCCGCGAAGCUCUACGUGUGCCAGCACACGCCGCACUGGCUGCACGCCAACUUCACCGAUGGUGGCGGGCUGAUCUACGUAAGCGACGACCAUCCGAUCCAGUACGCGGUGAACGCGGGGUUCCUGUCGGUUCUGGUGAGCGACUACCUGCGCAUCGCCAUCAACGCUAACGUCUCCUCGCACUACCUCGACUGCGACGCCACCAUCGACGACAUUGUCGACUUCGCCGCCUCCCAGGUGAACUACAUCCUGGGCGACAACCCUCAGAAGAUGAGCUACAUGGUGGGCUUUGGGGAGAAGUACCCCACGCGCGUGCACCACAGAGCUGCCUCCAUCACGUCCAAGCAUGUGGACCCCACGCCCUUCGACUGUGCCACCGGCGAGCGCUUCAGAGUGUCGAAGUACCCCAAUCCGAACGUGCUGGUGGGCGCCAUAGUGGGCGGUCCUGCCCGCGACGACUCAUACCUAGACGACCGCACGCUGCCCCAGCAGAGCGAGCCCCUGCUGCACCUCAACGCCGUCUUUGCCGGGCUGCUCGCCAGCCUGGGCGCCUUUCGCAGCGGCAACAGCCCUGGCAACUCGCUCACACGCAUGUGGGCGCAGAUCCCAUGGGCCAAGAAGUACGCCGAGUCUCUCGAAGAGCUCAUUCCCAAGCCGUACCCCUCGCCGCCCAAGCCGCCUGUCUCCCCUCCCCCCUGGAGGACCCCUCCCCCCAAGGCUCCCAGAUUCCCCCCCAAGCGCAAGGGCCCCAGCCCUCCCCCUCCUUAUGUCAACCCUCCGCCCCCAUCACCCCCUCCCCCGAGCCCCCCCCCUCCCCGCCCAGUCAAGAGAACCCCCCCUGCCCCUCCACUGUUCUUCAAGGGCCAGGGGAAGUGGAAGCUGCCCCCUGCUCUCCCUCCCAAAACUGCUCCCACGAGAAAGUUCCUCCCCCCCGCUGUCAAGGUUCCUGUGGUGCAUGCUCCUCCUGCCAUUCCCAAGGUGCCGGUCAAGCCUCCUGUUGUUGUAGAAGCACCUCUUGGGAAGAUCCCUGCAGUUCCUGCUGCCAAGGUUCCAGCCCCUGCAGCAAAGGUCCCUAUUCCUGCCAAGGUCCCCGUUCCUGCGGCUAAGGCAACUGCACCAGUUAAGGAAGUCCCUGCUACGCUCACUCCUGUUGCCGCGGGGAAAACUGCAGCACCAGCUGCGGGAACAACACCAGCAGUAGCUCAGCCUGGUAAGGCUACAUUACCUGUAGGAAACCCUGCAGUGGUGCCUUAAAAUCUGAACGAGUCUUGGGAUUGAAGCUGGGGGGGCAGUGCAUCGGGAUAAAUGGUGGAUGGGUAGGCUUUUUAGGUAGGCAAAAGAGCAUGCUGGAUGCUUAUAGGUGACCGGUUUUCUAUCCUGUAACUCUGGUCGAGUAAAGGCAUUUCAAGCAUGUAGCCCAAGUUCAUUACAAGUCCCUAUGUUGUUGAAGU